AUGGCACGUCUAGCGGCAUGUGCUGUGCUUGCCGGCGCCGUCUCUGUGCAGGCGUUCCUUGCCCCUCCUCCUUCGCUUGCCCAGCGCUCUCCCACGGUCUCUCUGAGGAUGCACCAGACGCCGUCUCCCUCUCCUCGCGCAGCACCCGUCGCUGACUGCAAGGACCUCACCAAGGAUCCGAAACCUGUAACACGCAGAGCAGCAGCGCGGGUCAUUUCGCUGGGUCUGGGCCUCAGUCUCAUGGGCUCCCUUCCUGUGAGAGCAGCUGACGCCCCUCCACAAACUUCGCCGGCAGAGGAUCAGCUCCCGCAGAUUUCACUCGACAAGUUUUACGAGCUCCUCCGGGACCAGAAGGUGGAACUGGUGGAGUUUGACGGGCCUCUGUUCCAGAAAGCUGUGGUUACCUCGGAGGGGAAGCAGUACUUGAUAGGAGAGGGGUAUCCAAAGGAGUCUUCCUUCAGCCCCCAGGGCCCGCUACAGGUGGUGGGUAAGAUCAAGAACGAGAUGAAAGCAGGAAACCCCGUGCAGUGGAGGUGGAAGGGGGGAAGCGCUUUCAAGAAGCGAUCCAGCGAUGAGCAAGACGCGAAGAGCAAGGAGAAUGCUGAGGCCAAGAGCAAAGCCUCCUCCCAGCCCUUCAAGUUUUCCCUUCCCCUGCCUCCCAAGAACCUGUAG